UUGAACUUAUUUUUUAAAAGGGAAGAGAAGUAGGAAAGAAAAGUUAAACUUGCCGGAAAGUGCCCUGUGCGAGGAGAAUGCGGUUAGGAAGUGUGUACAUGCUCCUGAACCCGGAGAGGUUCUCAGUUCUGUAACCUUCGCCUCCCACUGGGUGGAGUAGGGCUUUUAAGAGCAGCUGGAAUGCAGUUCCCCUGAUCAGUGUAGCCAGUUGUUGCCUGUCUGAACCGCUGCCAGUCCUGGACAGCAGUGCUCUGAGAGCAAACUCGCGGGCCUCGCUCUGCACACCUCACCACCGCCCUUCUCGCCUGAGCAAGGAGAGCGUUCCCACCUGCCCAGCCAUGGAGGAGGACGCCACACAAGCUGAAAAGUUCCAGCUCCGGGGUUCUGACACGCGGCAACAGAAGCCAGCCAGCCCCAGCCCGGUGCCCUCCUCCACGCCAAGCCCCAGCCUGAACUUGGGGAGCACGGAGGAGGCCAUCCGGGACAACUCGCAGGUGAACGCCGUGACGGUGCUCACGCUGUUGGACAAGCUGGUGAACAUGCUGGAUGCCGUGCAGGAGAACCAGCACAAGAUGGAGCAGCGGCAGAUCAGCCUGGAGGGCUCCGUGAGGGGCAUCCAGAACGACCUCACCAAGCUCUCCAAGUACCAGGCCUCCACCAGCAACACGGUGAGCAAGCUGCUGGAGAAGUCCCGCAAGGUCAGCGCCCACACGCGCGCCGUCAAGGAUAGCAUGGAGAGGCAGUGCGCGCAGGUGAAGCGGCUGGAGAACAACCACGCCCAGCUCCUCAGACGCAACCACUUCAAAGUGCUCAUCUUCCAGGAAGAAAAUGAGAUCCCUGCCAGUGUGUUUGUGAAAGAGCCAGUUUCUGGCUCAGCGGAAGGGAAGGAGGAGCCUGCUGAUGAAAACAAGUCUCUGGAGGAAACCUUGCACACCGUGGACCUCUCAUCGGAUGAUGAAUUGCCCCACGAUGAGGAGGCCCUGGAAGACAGUGCAGAGGAAAAGAUGGAAGAAAGUAGGGCAGAGAAAAUAAAAAGAUCCGGCCUCCGGAAAGUGGAUAGCCUCAAGAAAGCAUUUUCUCGCCAGAACAUUGAGAAAAAGAUGAACCAGCUGGGGACAAAGAUAGUAUCUGUAGAGAGGAGAGAGAAGAUUAGGAAAUCUCUCAUUUCCAAUCACCAGAAAAUAUCUUCAGGGAAAAGCUCCCCCUUCAAGGUCUCUCCCCUCACUUUUGGUCGAAAGAAAGCCCGACAGGGAGAAAGCCCUGCAGAAAAUGAGACCAAGUCAGAAGAGAUGCCUAGCAGUGACCAGAUACAAAAUGACCACGAGGAGAGCUCAUUUGCAGAGGGUGCGUCGGAGGCGUCCCUCCCCAGUGCCCUGGGGGAAGGGCAGAGCGAGGAGGGGGAUGCUGCGAGGGCGGCCUCGAGAGAGAGUAACUCAUGCAUGGACAGCAACGUCAACUUGACUAUUGUGGAAGAUGAAGAAGAAGAGUUGGUGGCCCUGGAACAGGCACAGAAGGUGCGCUAUGAGGGAGGCUACGUGCUAGCCUCUGAAGAGGCAGAGCAGUCCGAUGAGGAGCCGGUGCAGCCCGCUGUGCUCCAGGUGGACCACACCGCCUAAGCUCACAGGCCGCCGCGCCAGCCUGGGCUUCAGCCAGGUGGGCAGCCAGAGCCUAGAAACAAACUCUUGCACCCUCCAGCACCUCCCACUCUCUCUGUGUUAUGGUCCGGGCCGUAAUCAUUUACUACAGAGCAGCAGCACGCUCGCGACCAACAUUUACUAUGAGCCCCUACCAGGGGCUCCCUUGCUAAUUUGUUCUUAGGUUCUUUUUCUGUAGAAUUUCUCCGAGAUUGCCCAGAAGAAGAAAUAGAGCAGUUGAAAAACGCUGAUCAAUUUGACUUA